AUGACCGAGCCUGCAAACAACGCGGACCCGCUUGCUGCGGAGACCGGGACGAAGAAGCGAACAAGGGUCCAGCUUUCAUGCACGGCAUGCCGAUUUCGAAAAUUGAAAUGCUGCCGUACUUACCCGUGCACUAACUGUAGGAAGCGCGGCGAGGCGGCAUCAUGUACUUACGUCGGUCGCGGGCCUCGAGCCAAGGUCCAGAAUGAACAUGCCAGCCCAACACUUGUGCAGGAUCGACUACAGCAUUUGGAGAACCUGGUCAUGUCGCUAGCUCAAAAGCAGAAGCCUGGCGAUCAGUUUACUAAUUUCAAUACUGGACUACCGGAAGAUGUCCCGGCCUACGAAACACCUGCUUCGGCUAGUGACCGGGACACCAAGUCCUCGCCUGGCACUUUGGUUGUCAAUGAUGAGGGCACUAGUUAUAUCGAUAGUGCAAACUGGCGUGCUAUUCUAGAAGAGAUCAAUGGAGUGAAAGAAUAUUUGGAUGAGCAGGAAAAUAAUUCUAAUGAGUCUGCGAUUGAGGAGGAUCCAUUUCAUGACUCUACGCCAGUUCUUCUGCUUGGUAUGGCAAAAAAAGUGACCAAGCAAGAAAUGCUCAUCGACAUUCCAGUACGAUCGGUUGCCGAUCGACUAGUAUCUCGCUUCUUGAAAACAUUUGAACCGUCAAUAGUUGUAAUCCAUGUACCGACAUUUCGCAAGGAAUAUGAGCAAUUCUGGAACAACCCCCAUGAUGUCUCAUUUACCUGGAUUGCAUUGCUAUAUGCAAUCAUGGCCCUCUCUAUCUCCCUGCAUCAUCGCAGUGAGGAACCCCUUCCCAUGAUCAACGGCGAAUGUCCGAUGACCAUGUGGGAUCUUUUUCGGAGAAGAGCUGCACAGUGUCUCGUUCAGGCGAACUACUUGGUUCCUGGUAAAUACAAACCUGAAGCAGUCUUUCUCUACACACUUUCCGAGUUUCUUCGCAGUCAAGAUACUCAAAUCGGGGUAUCUUACCUCCUUGGCAUCACCAUUCGGCUUGCGCUACGCAUGGGGUACCACCGUGACCCGAGGUACUACCCUAACCUCUCCGCAUUCGAGGGUGAAAUGCGCCGGCGUUUGUGGGCUUUGAUAUGUCAGCUCGACAUUCUAGUCUCUUUCCAGAAUGGUCUCCCGCGAACUAUACAGCCUUCCUAUUCUGACUCUGAGAUCCCGUCUAAUUUAUUGGACACCGACUUUGACGAAAACUGCACCAAGUUACCACCCGGUCGACCAGAUGAAGAGAGAACGGCCUGCUCAUACACAAGGGCGAAAUCACGUCUCAUGGCAGUAUUUGGGCAGAUUUGUGAUUCCGCCUACACGCGAGAGGCAGUGUCCUAUGAUGAAAUUAUGGCGAUGGAUCGUCGUCUAGAGGUAGCCCACGAGCAAAUGCCUUCAUUUUUCCGCGCCCGACCUAUGUCCGAGUCCAUAGGCGAUCAAACAGACCUCAUAUUGUGCCGGUACAGUCUGGAUUUGAUCUACCAAAAAUCACGUAUCGUUUUGCACCGCCGGUAUAUCACUGAGACGCAUGGCAAGUACGCCAAUUCACGAAAGAUUUGUAUCGAUGCUGCAAGUGCGACACUGCGGCAUCAUGCGGAUAUCUGGGGCGAGUCACUGCCUGGUGGCCAACUAUAUUCGGAGCGAUUCUUACUCAACUCUUUACAAACCACUGAUUUCAAUGCCUCCGCUAUGGUUCUCUGUCUCAUACUGUCGCAUGAUAAUGAUAGUGGGGAUUCUGCCCGAAUGCAGACCCAGGAACACAAGGAAAUUUUGCUACUCUUGGAGAAUACAUAUGCGAUCUUCAAGCAGACUCCGCGACGAUCUACGGAUACCCAGCGGGCAUUUGUUGCGCUGGGCAUUAUGCUUAGUCGAGUCAGAGGCCGCAGCCUUGAAAGCCUGACAUCAAAGGUGGAGGAACAUAUGAGCGCAAUAGAAAAUCAAAAUGCGGUUCAAUCGAUAUCCACGAUGGACCAGCAGUACCCGACGGUUUCUCCUGGGGACAUGCAGGCUGCUAUGUAUAUUGAUACAUCCGGAACCCAAUCAUAUUCUUCUCUCGGUGUGAUUGAAGAUAUGUUUAGUGCUCCUGUUCCAUUGGACUGGCGCAUGUAUGACGGUCAGAUGUACGGGUUUGACACAGCAAACCAAGAAAAUCUGUGGUCUACGGGGCAACUUCUUGAUUCAAAUGGCGUGGAUUUCACGUUACCUCCAGAUAUUCAAUAG